AUGGGUUCCAUAGCCACCACAUCCGAAGAAAAGCUGCCCGGCAACGGCAAGUUCUCCAGUUCUGACGCACCCCGAGGCAGCUCCUCCAAAAUCUUCACUCCCCUCACCAUAGGAAACGGCACACUCCAACUAUACCACCGUAUAAUCCUCGCCCCUCUAACCCGCAACCGCGGCAGCCCAUUAAAUCCAAAUUCAACUCCCUCAGAUCCAAACAGAAUAUGGAUCCCCAACGCCCUCAUCAAGGAAUACUACCUCCAACGAACCACACCGGGCGGGCUGCUCAUAAGCGAAGGCAUCCCCCCGAACCUCGAAGGAAACGGCAUGCCAGGCGUCCCCGGGCUCUUUCAUCCAGCGCAGAUAGCAGGGUGGAAAGACGUUGUCGAGGCGGUACAUGAGAAGGGUGGAUACAUGUACGCGCAGUUGUGGAAUGCAGGACGGGCUUGUAUUCCGCAGCAUACAGGAAGUCCUACUAUUUCAGCGAGUGCGACAGCGUUUGAAGGGGAGGAUAGGUAUUCACAUCCGCCGCCAGGGACGAGUAAAACGGUGCGGUAUGCUGAUUUUCCGCCGAAGGAGUUGGAUGAGGAGGGGAUUAGGCGCCAGAUUGCGGAUUAUGUGAGGGCUGCGAAGGCUGCGGUGGAGGAGUGUGGGUUUGAUGGUGUGGAGGUGCAUGGUGGGAAUGGGUAUUUGCCUGAGCAGUUUCUGUCUUCGAAUAUUAAUGUGAGGACCGAUGCGUACGGUGGGUCGCCUGAGAAACGGUGUAAGUUCGUGUUGGAGCUUAUGGAUGCGUUGGUAGCGACUAUUGGACAGGAGAAGCUUGCUAUACGAUUGACGCCGUUUGGAAUGUUCAAUCAGGCGAGAGGAACGCAGAGAUUGGAGACUUGGGGAUAUCUGUGUAAGGAAUUGAAGAGGAGGUAUGCAUUGAGUUAUGUGCAUUUCGUGGAACCUAGAUAUGAGCAGGUUUUCAGUUUGGAAGAAAAGAAUAAAUAUCUUGAGUCUUGGGGCUUCCCAGAUAUUGAUCUCAAGCUAUUCCGUGACAUCUUCGGAUCGACUCCUUUUGUAAGCGCAGGAGGAUGGAAUGAUAAGAACUGCUGGGGCGUUUUAGAGGAAGACACAUACGAUGCUUUCGCUAUCGGAAGACUUUUCCUAAGCACACCUGACAUGAUUGAGAGAUUGAAGAACGGACUGCCGCUCAAUGAGUAUAACCGGCCAAGAUUCUAUGGCCCUUUCCCGGAUCCAGAAGUUGGAUACACGGAUUAUCCCACUUGGGAAGAGAAACAGAAAAAGGCAAAGCAGAUCAAAGUUUAG